CUUGCCUCACUUAAAGACGGUUUGUACAGCUGUUUCUCGUAGCUUAUUUUCUGCGCAAGAUGUUAUCCACGAUUUGGUUACAUGCAAUGCAGUGAUGCAAACAAGCCUGCUUGGAAAUAAUGGAUUUUGUGUGUGGCUGUCUUUUGGAUAGAAAGACCCCUGUCCCCCUCCGCCCACAAUGCGGAGACCCGACGGUUCUUACGCUGUCCUCAUAGGUCGUGUAUAGCGGGUGUUUUAUGGACGGUGGGACGAGGGAGAGGUUGUGAGGCUGCGGAGUCGGGACAUCGGCUGAGCUGUGGAGAGGAGCGUUAGCAAGCUAGCUUUGGACACAUAUCUGCUGUAACGGAACAGUGACUUCUGACUGCAGCUUGGUCAUCAUCAUGGCUACAAAUGGUAACAACCAAACGCCCGGGAUGGGGGACAUCAUCCAGCUGAAUGUCGGUGGGACGAGGUUCAGCACCUCCAGACAGACCCUGAUGUGGAUCCCAGACUCUUUCUUUUCAAGUUUGCUGAGUGGAAGGAUAUCCACUCUUCGGGAUGAAACCGGAGCUAUAUUUAUUGACAGGGACCCCACAGCUUUUGCACCAAUUUUAAAUUUCCUUCGAACCAAAGAAUUAGACCUACGUGGUGUCAACAUUAGUGUCCUUCGACACGAAGCAGAGUUUUAUGGGAUUACUCCUUUAGUUCGGCGCCUGCUACUGUGUGAGGAACUGGACCGCUCAUCAUGUGGAAGUGUUCUCUUCCACGGUUACCUGCCGCCUCCAGCGAUCCCUGCCCGGAAAUUGAGCCCGGCCUUAGUGGCCUCCUCAUCUGAUGAGCGACCCGGUCCAAGCGGCGCUGAGGGCUUCACUCGUGUGGGUCCCCUUCCUCACCCUUCCCUUUCACCUGGAAUUGAUGACAACCACAAACUGGGUCCCGUGGUCGACCCCAGGAAGGUGCUAAUCGUAGCCGGACACCACAACUGGAUUGUUGCAGCUUAUGCACAUUUUGUAAUCUGCUACAGGAUAAAGGAAUCAUCUGGAUGGCAGCAGGUGUUUUCUUCCCCCUACCUUGACUGGACCAUUGAACGCAUCGCACUCAAUGCUAAGGUAGUGGGUGGGCCGCAUGGAGACAAGGAUAAGAUGGUGGCUGCAGCGUCUGAAAGCAGCAUCAUUCUUUGGAGCAUCCAAGAUGGAGGCAGCGGCAAUGAGAUAGGUGUGUUCAGUCUGGGCGUACCUGUGGAUGAUCUCUUCUUCAUCGGGAACCAGCUGGUGGCUACGAGCCACACAGGCAAGGUCGGGGUGUGGAAUGCUGUCACACAGCACUGGCAGGUUCAGGAUGUGGUUCCUAUCACGAGUUGUGAUACAGCAGGAUCCUUCCUUCUUCUGGGCUGCAACAACGGCUCUAUCUACUACAUAGACAUGCAAAAGUUUCCACUGAGGAUGAAGGAUAAUGAUCUUCUAGUGACUGAGCUUUAUCAUGACCCUUCAAAUGAUGCCAUCACUGCCCUGUCCGUCUACCUCACCCCUAAGACCAGUGUGAGUGGUAACUGGAUAGAGAUAGCCUAUGGGACGAGCAGUGGUGCAGUGAGAGUGAUCGUGCAGCACCCAGAGACAGUGGGAUCAGGGCCUCAGCUCUUCCAGACGUUCACCGUGCACAGGAGCCCCGUCACAAAGAUAAUGCUGUCUGAGAAACAUCUUGUGUCAGUGUGUGCUGACAACAACCACGUUCGCACAUGGACGGUGACCAGGUUCAGAGGGAUGAUCUCCACCCAGCCGGGCUCCACCCCUCUGGCUUCCUUCAAAAUACUGUCUCUGGAGGAGACGGAGAGCCACGGUAGCUACUGCUCUGGAAAUGAUAUCGGUCCAUUUGGAGAGAGAGACGAUCAGCAGGUGUUCAUUCAGAAGGUGAUCCCCAUCACUAACAAACUGUUUGUUAGGCUCUCAUCAACUGGAAGGAGGAUCUGUGAGGUACAGUCAGUAGACGGGACCACCAUCUCUUCCUUCAUGGUACGGGAGUGUGAGGGCUCCAGCCGGAUGGGAUCGCGACCUCGCCGCUACCUGUUCACCGGUCACGGCAACGGCAGUAUCCAAAUGUGGGACCUGACCACAGCAAUGGACACGGCUAACAAAGGAGAGGAGAAGAAGAAAGACGAGGCAGGUGGACCGACUGAGGAGGAGCUCCUGCAGCUGUUGGAUCAGUGUGACCUGAGCGCCUCCCGGUGUGCUACACCAAACAUUAGCCCCGCCCCCUCUGUCCUGCACCACACACGCCUCAGAGAGUCCUGCUCAAGUCUUCAGCUCCAGGCUCAGGAGCCCAUUCCUGAGAGCCAGGCUACCUAUGGAGCAGUGCGACCCUACAGAGAAAGCCCCCUGCUGGCCCGUGCCCGGAGAACAGAGUCCUUCCACAGCUACCGAGACUUCCAGAACUUCAGUCUGAGUCGAGGUAUGUUGGACUCUCAGGGCCCCAGCCAGCCACCUGAUGCCCGCCGUUCCCUCUGUGACUUUGGGCCCGAGGACAGCGAGAGGAGAUCCUCAGCGAUGGAGCUGUGGGCCUGUCGAACGGCCAGCUCGAGCUCUGCCACCUCUAUUGGAGGUUUGCUGACUUCUGGUAUGUGCGGAAUGAUGAAGGCCGAAGGCGGUCCAGAGUCUCCAAAGCACCCACCUGACAGCCCGAUUCCCGGAGGUGACGUCAGGCGAAAGGUGCCCUCACAGUCGGAGGAGGGAGAGGGAGUGGGAUCAGGGGGAGAAGGGGGAAAGGCAGAAGGAGGUGUGAGGAAGAGAGGAGUACUGGAAGGAGGCUUUAUGGGCAGGAAGAGGGCGCCCCCAGUCCCCCACCUCUCCUCUCUCCCCUCUGGAUCUGAUGGCGGUGGCAGUGACUCAUCCUCCAAUGCCUCCCCGUCCCCAACCAAACUGUCUUCCUCCACCUCACCGCGACACAAGAAGCUGGUGCCUGAGCUGUCCAAUCAGGACAGCAGCCUGUGACGGUGUGUUCUGCCUCCUGUUGUUCUUGACAUUUACAUCAGAGGAGUUAUCUUGAUGAGACGUGAAUCAUGUCAGCAGAGGAUCAUAGCGUCAGCUGCAGUUGAUGCUAUGUUCUUUUUAAUGACUCAUGAUGUAACUGGAUAAGGCACCGUCUCUUCUUUUGGAUGCCAACCUGAUAAAUUUGUUCCUGAGGACUACUCACUUUGCUUCCUGCACUGAAAACCUUCAAGCUUUUAAAACUGAAGUCAGUGGUACUUGAACAUGGGGACUUAAAACUCUGUCAUAAAGCAUGAGCUAACAGCAUGACAUCUCAGCCGGGGCAGGAGUGCAUUCUGUUUCUGAUCUUUUUAAACAUUUCAAGCUCUAUCACACUCUAAAAUGAGCUUGGUACAACUAGAGACCGCACUUUCUACGCCUGCUUUGGAAUUUGUGUUUGAGGGUGAUACGUUUUGAAUCAAAUCAGCCAUCUGUUUGCUCAACAUACCCAUAACAUAACCAACAAACACCUGUUUGGUCAUGGUGUCAUAGCAGGCACUUUUUCCCUUUGUGUUUGGUUGAAGUAGAGUGAUACAACAAUGAUGUGAAGACUGACUUCACUCCUAAAUGAAAGAACUCAUCUCGGUCCACCAAAGGGAAAAUGAAUAACACAGCUUUAGUACUAAAGUGUGUGUUUCAAACACUAACUAGAGUAGAGAGUGCUCUAUGUCGACCAAGCUUCCAUUUUUACCAGACAGAUACAAAGUUUAUAUGGAAUUAUACUCUGGUCAGAAUUUGGUCAUAACUCUACAAGUCUGCUUACACAAUUCUAACACCAGAGCAUAUAACAACACUAUAAAACAUAUGGUGUGUGCAAUACCAAUCACUCCAUCUAUCCUGAACAUGUUACCCAGACCAGAACUUUGGCAGCUACUUGAAUCCAGAUGCUGCAGCAAAGAGACACAAUGCUAAUUGUUGAGAGACAUCAUGCAGCACAGCCACACAUCCUGGUGUUUGAUGUCUCAGUCACAUCAAGGCUACUGUGGAGUUUGAGACAGAAUAACACGGUAGCUUUACUGGUAGCUAAUGGUGACGUCUGAUCUAUGUAGUAACUGGCUAAUCUCAUUAUGUACUGCAAAAAAGUAGCAUGAAAGCCUCUGAACGAAGACAGAAAACUGGACACUCAGACCUUUUCCAUGGCAGAUAUUGAAAGUAGCGCACAUAGUUUCUUGCUUGCUAAAUGCCGUUAAUGCGGUGUUAUCAUAAACAUUUGUAAAUGUUAAUUUUAAAACAACUAAACCUUAAACGUACCGUUUGAGCAGGAAGGAUUACUUCAUGACAGUAAUGGUGGAUCAGCUCUAGCUCCGUAUAUACAGGAAUCUGUUUUACACAAGCAGAGAGAAGAGAGGAAUCAUGUUUAAAUCAGAGGUGCCUGUGCAACAUCACACCUGUUAUCGUUUGCAGUAUAUUUUCUUAUUUUUUUACUUUUUCACAAUAGAACUACACUCAGCCUUGGAACAAGGACCUACACUAACUACAUCACUUUACUCUGAAACAUAUUUUGAUUUGUCUAGUUUUGGAUGACUGUUGCAGUGCCUUAUUUAACUUGUUUGACGGUUAUCAGCCUGUGUGUGUGUUUUAUUUAAAAAGGACUCUGACCAAAGGUGUGUGAAGGCUGAGCUCAUUGUGGAGCUACAGUAAGGACCUGACUCUGACCCGGGCUAGAUUUGCCUCAUGAUGGAACGACACCAGACCAAAUGCGACUUCACGAGUGUUUGCUUCAGUUGAUAGGCAUUACAAAUGAAAAAUAAACAUCUAUUUUAAAUUGUAAAUAGUGUUGAAAGAAGUCUAAACUGGAACACCAGUACUUCCCUCUCAAACCAGGAGGGAACAUAUCAAGUGUGUUCUUUUAGUUUAUGUUGAAACAUUUAAUUGACUUUAGAGCUGAAAAGGGUAAAAAAAAAUAUGACAGUUUGAUUUGUUGGAAAGUAAAAAAAUGCACCUUGUUGUUUAUAAAGGCAUUAAAAAGAGCUAAAAGUAAGAGGGUAGAAACCUUAACUAGCUUAGGGAGUUUGUGAUGGAUCCUCCAUGAGAUCCCUGGUACUUUUUUUGGAGGAGGUGGGGGGUAAUGCCUUUAUUUUUGAGACAGGAUAAUGGAUAGAGUCGAACAUGAGGAAUGACUAUAGCCUCUGUAUAAGGGGUGCAAUACAACCACUGAGCUAAAGAGACCUUUUUUUAACCAUUCAGCAGAACACUGAAAAAAAUGAUUGAGUUAAAAAAGGCAAACAUACAGAAAGACUUCCUCUCAUUUGCCAAAUCCAGCAGCUAUUCAACCUUUUUUCAAGUCGUUUUUAGCGAUAUUGCUUUUCACUUCAGGGUUACACGCUGAACUGACCAUGUGAUCUCCAUCUGCCUGUACAAAGAUGUAAAUUUUGUCUCACUUACUGUGUGUAACGUUGACAUACAUAUUCAUAACAAAAUCCUAACGCGGAUGCAUUGAUGUGUGUGAUGAUGUUGAAUCUUACACUGUUGCUCAUUACCUAUUGUUAAAAAUCAUAUAUUGCCUAUAUUUACUUUACCAUGCUAUUGGACCUAACUGCAUUUGCACUUGCACUAUUAAGACUAAUAUUAAAGUAACUUGCUAGUGUUUAUUUUAUAUAAAAAAAAAUAUGAACUUUAAAGUGUAUUCAGCACAUAACUGUAUAACUGUCCGUAUCUGUCGUCCCUCACUUGCUCUCUGGCUAUGUUUACAUUUUAUUACAGCCAGGUGUUAGUGAGCUUGAGGAAAUACAUAUCUGUUUGAACUGCCCUGUACAUCAGUGUUUUACAUUGUGUAUGUCAGCUGCAUUAUGCUAUAAUAUUAUUUACAAAUGCCUAUCGUGUUGAGUCAUGGUCAAAUACAGUUUUAACAUUUAACUUUGAGUCUUCAUGUUGUUUACAAACGUGUUCAUUCAAAACCUGACGAAAACUCUCAGAAGAGCUGAACUGGCAUUUACGAAAUAAAAGUGUGUCAUCAUUUUUA